AUGAAUUACCAGGGAUCUCUGAGUGACGUUUCCGGGGGGUCUCUCUCUUCUGUUCCACAGACUCCUCUCUGCUUCAACUGCUCCAUCCUCACUGGAGACAUGUCCCCGACGGAGGCAGGGAGCCCGGUGCCCUGCAAUGGCAGUAGGGCCUGGGGGGUCUUUGGCCCUGAGGACUUGAACCUGACCGAUGAGGAACUGAGACUCAAGUACCGGGGGCCCCGGCAGACGGAGCUGUUCGUGCCCAUCUGCGCCACGUACCUGCUGAUCUUCGUGGUGGGCGCCGUGGGCAACGGGCUGACCUGCACCGUCAUCCUGCGCCACAAGGCCAUGCGCACGCCCACCAACUAUUACCUCCUCAGCCUCGCUGUGUCGGACCUGCUGGUGCUUCUCGUGGGCCUGCCCCUGGAGCUCUAUGAGAUGUGGCACAACUACCCCUUCCUGCUGGGCGCUGGUGGCUGCUACUUCCGCACGCUGCUCUUCGAGACGGUCUGCCUGGCCUCGGUGCUCAAUGUCACCGCCCUGAGUGUGGAGCGCUACGUGGCCGUGGUGCACCCGCUGCAGGCCAGAUCCACGAUGACUCGGGUCCACGUGCGCCGCGUACUCGGAGCCAUCUGGGGCCUCGCCGUGCUGUGCUCUCUGCCUAACGCCAGCCUGCACGGCAUCCAGCAUCUGGAGGUGCCCUGCCGGGGCACGGUGCCCCACUCAGCUGUGUGCACCUUGGUCCGCUCGCGGGCCCUCUACAACCUGGUGGUGCAAAUCACCACUCUGUUCUUCUUCUGUUUGCCUAUGGCCACCAUCAGCGUGCUCUAUCUGCUCAUCGGGCUUCGGCUGCAGCGGGAGAGACUGCUACUGCUCAGGCAGGAGGCCAGGGGCAGGGCCAAGUCCAGCGAGAGCCGCAGGUUUCAGCGGCUGCAGGAUCAGGGUCGGACACAGGUGACCAAGAUGCUGUGUAAGUGUUGCGGCUGGGAAGAGGGACUGAGCCAGGCCCUGGGUAAGGGGCUAGAGCUUCCAGGACCUGGGGGCUGA